AUGGGCGACGUCUCCUUGUGUCCACCUCUGACGCGCUCGUCGGUCCAAGAGGCGCACGCAGCAAUCAAGCAGCACAUCCAUCGUACUCCUACAAUCACAUGUGACACCAUCUCUCGUCUCGCCUCGACCCCUCAGGCUCCCGAAUCGCUUCAAGGCACUCCUUUCGAAGGUCGCACCCCCGCGCAACCACGUAUCAACCUCUUCUUCAAAUGCGAGAAUUACCAGAAGAUUGGCGCUUUCAAGGCACGGGGUGCCUUCCAUGCACUGAGUCGCUUGAGUAAAGAAGAGCUGAGUAAAGGCGUUGUCACACAUAGCUCGGGAAACCAUGCCCAAGCUCUCGCCCUGGCUGCCCGUACCUAUGGCAUUCCGGCCCACAUUGUCAUGCCUACCAUCAGUACUCCAUCCAAAAUUGCUGGCACAAAAGGCUAUGGAGCCAAUGUCAUCUUUUCUGGUUCCACUUCUGACGAAAGAGAGGCCGUCGUUGCAGAUGUAAUACGAGAUACAGGUGCAAUUCUUGUGCCACCCUACGAUCACCCCAACAUCAUGCUUGGUCAAGGCACACUGGCACUUGAAUUGGAGGAGCAAGCCAAAGAAUUGGAUGAACGAGGACUGGAUGCUGUUGUAGCCCCUUGUGGUGGAGGCGGCAUGCUCUCUGGUGUUGCCACAGCACUGUACGGUACUGGUAUCCGUGUCUUUGGCUCUGAGCCCAGCUUUGAAGGUGCCGAUGAUGCAAAACGAGGUGUCGAGUCUGGUGUUCGUGUCGAAAAGGUUAAGACACUAACGAUCGCUGAUGGUCUAAGAACACCAGUCGGUCACAUUCCGUGGACCAUUAUUAGCGACAAGGAGAAGGUCAAGGGUAUGUACAGUGUCACUGAAGACCAGAUAAAAGCUGCCAUGCGUCUGCUCUUGGAAAGAGCCAAGGUCUUUGUUGAGCCCAGUGCUGCGGUGCCUCUUGCUGUUGCACUAUACGAUGAAGACUUCAGAAGCAUGGUUGAGAAAGAAGGAGGUGAACAAGGCUGGAACAUUGGUAUUGUUCUUUCAGGAGGAAAUACCACUGUCGAAGCUAUUGCCAAACUCUUCCAGCCUGCUUCUGAACAGCAAGCUGAAAGGCAAGAGUCUAAGAUUGGUAUAAAUGGCGAACGAGUUGCGGAGAACGUUGCAGGCUAG